ACAAAAAAAUCAAUUAAAAUAAAUCAAUCAACCAAUAAAUGGAUGGCACACCGACAAUCCGGCCGUCGGGCAGCUUUAAUGCCGAGCGAAUGGCCGCCAAAAUACAGAAAGCCAUCAAAGGAAUCGGUACAGAUGAAAGAGCCAUCAUUGAAGUGUUGACAACACAUACCAAUUCCCAGAGACAGGAUAUCAAACAAAAAUUUAAGACAAUGUAUGGCCGAGAUCUGGCCGAUGAUCUUAAAAAAGAUUUGGGCGGUAUGUUUGAGGACACAUGUCUGGGACUACUUGUCCCUAACUAUCAAUAUCUGGUCGAUUGUCUAUACAAUGCAAUUAAGAAAGAUCUUAAUGUCAAUUGUAUUAUCGAUAUAUUGAUUACUUAUCAUAACUGGGAUAUUAAGGAUAUUAAACAACGAUAUGCCGAAAAAUAUAAUGAAGAUCUGGAUAUAGUUAUUGCUAAUCAAUUUUCGGGCGAUUUUCAACGUGUCCUCCGGUCACUGUUGACGGCCAACCGAUCCGAAUCAACCGAUAUUGACGGCGAAUUGUCGGCAAAAGAGGCCAAACUAUUAUUAGAUUCUGGUAUGAAAAUAUUGGGCACCGAUGAGGACCAGUUUCUACGUAUACUAUGUGGCUAUAGUUUUCCGCAAUUGUCGGCAAUAUUCAGCCAGUAUAGCAAACUGGCCGGUCAUCCAAUAGAGACGGCAAUUGCUAAUGAAUUUUCUGGUGAUUUACUCACUGUAUUCAACGGCAUUGUUAUGAUUGCCAACAAUAUUGCCUACUAUUAUGCCGUACGACUGUAUUCAUGCAUUCAUGGUAUGGGAACCGAUGACGAAACCAUUACCAGAAUAUUAAUCUCAAGAUCGGAGAUUGAUUUGGAAGAUAUCAAAGACGCCUACAAAAAGAAAUAUAACCGCAAACUAACCGAUGAUAUCGCCGACGAUACGGGCGGUGACUAUAAAAAACUAUUGCUAAGAAUAUUGAGUCCUCUUUAA